AUGGCGCACCCAGCAGGGCCCAGGGAUCGGGACAGUCGCAACACUGCCUACGAGUCCAUCUUUGGACGACCCAGUGCUCAACACCAUAACGCUGGGGCACCGCAAUAUUAUCCGCCCACCUACGCCCAGCACCAGCUGAACGUCGGCCUCGACAGGCGACAGAGCUAUGCGACUUCACCAUAUCCCGUCCAGGCGCCGUAUUCGCACCCGCAAUAUCCGUACCGCCAGCAGGCGUACGCUCAAUCGCAACCUCUCCGUUCGACCUACGCUCCCUCCGUCGCAAGCACGCAUCCGGGUGUCGUGGCCGAGGAGCCGUAUCCUGUCCCGGUUCAGAGCGUGGAUAAUCUACACUAUUCCAACGGAUUGACGCCCGCCCAGGCGUACCAGGCACAGGUCUACAACCAACAAUCUGUCUAUUCUCCGCAACAGCAGGCGACACCCCAGCCGACGGGAUACCCACUUCCACCCCAGGUCGGCCUUAACCUCGACGUCGGCUCGAGCGGGCUCGGGAUCGACUUUGAGAGCGACGGUGGGAAUAAUAAUAACGGGCAGCAGGUCGGACACAGUCCGACGGAUACGGACGACGGCAGCGAGCUUCCAUGGACAAUGACAGCGCCCUCGCCGUCCUCCCGGCCAACGUCCGACGUGCGCUCGGUCUACAGCGUUACCUCGGACCGGAUACCCGCACCGUCCCUCACCGUCGACACAUCGCCCUCGCUCCACAGCGUGUCGCCAAAACCCCGGCGCUCAUCCGAGUCGGCCCGCACCCUCCCGCCCAGCAUGGCAUCGGCCGUCGCCCGGCGCUCUGGCGCCAACGCGUCCGAGCGCUCGGGUUCAGUCUCGUCCUACGCCGCACCCCUCCGUUCGUCGCUUAUGCACGAUUUGGCGCAUGGCUUGCGCCCGCCAUCAACGAUCAGCAUGCCGGGUUCGCCACAACCGCCGCGCAAGCCGCGUCGAACACCGAUCGUCUACCCCGCUCUUCUUAGUCGAGUCGCAGAGGCCUUCGCUGCGCGCAUCGCCCUCGCCGACCGCGUUCGCGAUGGCUUGACGUACAAAGACGCCUUCGACGGCCGCCAAGCGGUCGACAAGAUCGCCUAUAUCAUCAAGACCACCGACCGCAACCUCGCGUUACUCCUUGGCAGAGCGCUAGAUGCUCAGAAGUUCUUUCACGCAGUCACAUACGACCACAGGCUACGCGACUCUGCCGCAGAUCUGUACCAAUUCCGUGGUCGCGGCCCGUUUGGGAGUGGCGAACUCCAAAACCCGCAUCCGCAGUUGCCCCCCACUUUGCCGCCGAAGAUCGAGCCCCCACCACGGCCUGCGAGCGCAGCGACGCAAGGGAGCAGCAAUGAGCACAGCUUGGAGAACGGCGCGAGCACACCUGUGUUACCGCUCGUGAACGAAGAAGCCGAGCCGGCGGUGCCCACGGGCGUGUUCACACUGCUAACGGACUGCUACUCGCCGACAUGCAGCCGUGAGCAGCUGUGUUACAGCAUCACAUGUCCUCGGCGUUUGGAACAGCAGGCCCGGCUCAAGCGCCCGCAGAAUGAUUCGAGCAGGACGCUCGGAGAUGGGUUGGAGGUCGUUGAUGUCGAGAGCGAGGCGCUUGGUGGUGGGAACGAGGGUGGGAUGCUGUGGGUGCACAGUGUCCCCAAGGAGAUCGUGGACAGCGUGAGCGAUCAGGAGAAGAAGAGGCAGGAGGCCAUCAACGAGGUCGUGUAUACCGAGCGCGACUUUGUGAAGGCGCUUGAGUACUUGCGGGACUCCUGGAUCACUCCGUUAAAGACGAAGGAUAUCAUCCCAGAAGAGCGUCGUGCGAACUUCGUGCAAGACGUCUUUUGGAAUGUGCUUGACGUCCUGGCCGUGAACACGCGAUUACGAGAUGCGCUCUCAAGACGACAAAAGCAAUACGCGGUGGUCGAGCAGCUCGGCGAUGUCUUCUUAGAAGCUGUGCCUCAUUUUUCUCCCUUCGUGGCGUACGGUGCCCAUCAGAUGUAUGGAAAGUACGAGUUCGAGAAGGAGAAGGCCAACAACCCUGUGUUCGCCGCGUUCGUCGAGGAAACGGAACGCCGACCGGAGAGUCAAAAGCUCGAGCUGAACGCCUACCUCACCAAACCCACAACCCGUCUUGCCCGUUACCCUCUCCUACUCGAAGCCGUCAUGAAACAUACGCCCGAAGAUAACCCGGACAAAGAGACGUUGCCUCAGGUUGUGGCCAUGGUCCGCGAGUUCCUCAAGGAGGUCAACCUACAAACCGGACGCGCGGAGAACAGGUUCAGCCUGUUGCAGUUGGAUCAGCAGCUGAUCUUCAGGCCGGGAGAGCAGGUUGAUCUGAGAUUGAGAGAUGAGGGACGACAACAAAUCUUCAAGAGCACGUUGAGGAGAAGUGCGGGAGACAGCGGAGAGCUACUUGUGUUCUUGUUCGAUCAUGCGCUUCUCAUGGUUAAGCAGAAGAGGCAGGGAGAGCAGUACAAGGUCUACCGUCGGCCGAUACCACUCGAGCUGCUAUACGUCGCCGCGCCGGACGAGACCGCUUCUACGAGCGGUACCCUACGCCUCAGCGGGUCCCGUCCCAACCGCACGCGCCCCGGCGGUCCAGUCAUACUCUCGCAUGCGCCCCAUUCACCCGUGAUCAACGUCAAGCUGGAAGGCGGGAUCAAAGGCGGCUACCCGCUCGUAUUCGCACAUCUCGGCAGGAAGGCGUAUCAGAUCACUCUUUGGGCUACGACCCUCGUGUCUCAACGGAAAUGGCUGGAGCAUGUGAGCAAGCAGCAGGAGGAGAUGCGGAAGAGGAGCCAGUACUUCGAGAUGGAGAGUCUGAGCGAGGGAUUCUUCGUCGGCGCGAACGCGGUGAACUGCGCGGCGCCUUUCAACGGCGGCAGGCAGGUCGUCUACGGCACUAACGACGGCGUUUACCUCUCCGACCUCGCUCAACCGUUGCGCGAGCCCGUCAAGGUGCUCGCGCUGACGGACGUCUCCCAAGUAGACGUUCUUGACGACUAUGGACUCCUCAUCGUGCUCUCUGAAGGCAUCGUCAUCACAUUCCCCCUCGACGCGCUUGAGGCGAUCGACCCUAUGGCCGGCCUUAAGCGCGCAAAGCGCAUUUCUAGCCAUACCAGCUUCUUCAAGACCGGUGUCUGCUUGAACAGGACGUUUGUUUGUGUGGUCAAAACCAGUCCGCUCAGCAGUACGAUCAAGAUCUUGGAGCCGAUUGAUCAGAAUGUGCGUGGGCGGGCGAAGCCGACGUUCAGGAAGCUGUUGCAGGGCGGGAACGACACGCUACAGCCCUACAAGGAGUUCUACAUUCCCAUGCAGAGCAGCUCUAUCCACUUCCUCCGUACGCGCCUCUGCGUGGCAUGCGUGAACGGCUUCGACGUGAUUGACCCCGAGAGCCUCGACAUCCAAGGUCUUCUCGACCCCUCUGACGAGUCCCUUGACUUCGUCCGUCGCCGUGCGGACCCCGUCAAGCCCAAGCCCAUGGCGAUCUACCGAAUCGACAACGAGUUCUUGCUUUGCUACGACGAGUUCGCGUUCUACAUCAACCGUUCCGGAUGGCGAUCUCGGCGCGACUUCAUGGUCUACUGGGAAGGGACACCGACGGGCUUCGCGUUGCACUAUCCUUAUGUCCUCGCCUUUGAGCCCAGCUUCGUGGAGAUCAGGAAUGUGGAGACGGGCGCGAUGGCGCAGAUCGUGCAGGGGAACAACCUCCGCGUGUUGUUCACGGACGUGCCGCCCUCGCCUGGCGCGCCGCCACCACGCGGGUACGCGAAUGGGUACCAGCAGUCUUACAGCACUGCGAGCUACGGCGGGCGACCACAACAUAUGCCCCAUCCCGCCGCGGCAGGGUACAACUCUGCACCUGUACCGCUGUACGGACAGCCUAGUGUGCGCGGGCGCGGGCGCGAUGAGAUCAUCAUGGUCUCCGAUGAUCGCGUGUUGAGUCUACGGCUCGCGCAGCCCGAGGCAGUCGCAUAG